AUGUCAAAACGCUCUCACAUCCAGAACCCCAAAGAUGCCAAAGACAAUCUCAAAAGACUAGCCGAUGACCGUUGGCGAAAGUGGCAAUCCGUCUCCAUAUCCUUCUUUGGAUUUCCUACGCCCCUAAGCACCCGGGCAGUCUGGAAGGCAUUCUACAAGCAAGGAAACAUCACCUUUAUUGAAUUUACUGACGACCAGCAUGGCCGCCCUAUGAAUAAGGGUCGCGUUCGAUUCACGUAUGGGCGAUGCUACAUGCUGGAUACCGAUGGUAUUGACAUGAAUUAUAGGCCUCCACCAUACCACAACUUUUGGAGUGAUGGCGUCUUCUAUGUGAAGCUUGAUUCUGGCCGCCCUGUGCCCAUUAAGAUAUCCCUAAAUACCGGCUUCAAAGAGGACGUAGUCCAAAACCUGGCUCGUUCAAACGUCUUUUAUCCUGAGAAGCUUGAGCUCCGUGCGUCCCAGCUUGCGGUAGGUAUCCUGCAAGAGGCGUCUACCAUUAAGCUUCUCAAAGGGUUCGCUCGGCUAGUAAGACUCCAAAUCAACGUUCAGGAACGGGCACUCUACAUAUGCUUUAAUGAGGAGCUCCCGGCGCUCAAUGCCUCAAAGAUAGAAGCUCCACUACUCAACCCCCAGAUAUCCUUUCGGUUGAAGAUCCCGUUCGGUCAGUUGAAUGAUGUGUGGGAGGUCCAUAAUCACCCUAGCUCUCAUGGCCUCAAGUCGGAGCUUUCUUUUAUCAUAAUUCUGGAUCACCCUGGCAUCUACCACCGCAAGUUAUCUGAUAUAACACCUACGUUCACUAAAAGUCUCACCUGGAAAGAAGUGGAUACCUGGAUACGGCAAACCCGCAUAUCUUAUGGUGCAUCACGGGAAGUUGACUUUCCGACCAAUCUACAGAUCUCGGGCGAUAUCAUGGAUAUUGGGCGGUGGAACGUCUUGAAGCUCACACUUGAGCCUAGCGAUCCCAACUUCAAGAGCCGGGGGGUCAUCAAAGAUAUUCUUCGAGAUCAUAACGUCCUGUUCCAAGAUGGGGCCCAUUUCCAGGAGACUCAGGGUACACUCAGACCGGUGUGGGGAUGUAUUGAUAGACAAGUGAAUCCAAAAUGGGGACAGCUGGGGGAUCUUGUCGAUGAGCACACGGUGUUACUGCCUUUCCCUGUUCGUUAUCAGCUUGAGGUUUGCGUCUCUCAUGGCUACCUAUCUGAAUUCAACAUGACUCGCGAAUUCAUCCUCAGACUGAUGGAGGAUGGGAAUGUCAAGGCUCAGCGAUUACUUGAGCACGUUGCAAUACACAAGCAAAAGUACCUUGACCCUAUGGAAAUAUUCAACAUCAAGGCUGGUAGGGGCGUUACUGGUUCGAGGAUACCGGAGUACUGCUGCUUCAUGCGGACUGCCAGGGUCACCCCCUCCACCAUCUACUUCAAUACCCCCACUGUUGAUACCUCGAAUCGCAUCACGAGAAGAUACAGUGAGUUUGUUAACCGUUUCCUUCGGGUUCGGUUCUCAGACGAAGUGUAUCUCGGGACAAUCAGGUCAACCAUCAGUCAGGUAGAUGACGAGGUCUACAGACGGGUCAAGGCAACCCUCACCAAAGGCAUCACUGUGGGAGACUGCCACUAUGAGUUCCUAGCUUUUGGUAACUCCCAGUUCCGUGAACAGGGCGCUUACUUUUUCGCAUCCCUUCCAAGCCUGUCUGCCGCAGACAUUCGAUCCUGGAUGGGCCAGUUCAAUCACAUCCGGAAUGUUGCAAGGUACACCUCCCGACUAGGUCAGUGCUUUUCUACCACCCGCUCUAUCGGGACCUACACUGUCCAGAUUGAGAAAAUUCCCGAUAUUGAGCGUAAUGGGUACAAUUUCUCCGAUGGUGUCGGUAAGAUCUCGAAGUUCCUGGCUCGGAUGACCAUGAACAGUCUGAAGCUCAAGACCCGGAAUGGCGAGCCCCCGUCAGCUUUUCAGUUCCGUCUUGGGGGAUGCAAAGGGAUGUUGGUCGUAUCUUCCGAUCCUCAGCCGAACAAGUUACACAUCCGACCUAGUCAGUACAAGUUUGAUUCCCCCCAUGGCAGUCUAGAAAUCAUUCGCUCAUCUUCGUACUCCAUGGCAACAUUGAAUCGCCAGUUGAUUCUGAUCCUCGCUGCUCUGGACAUCCCCAUGAAAGUGAUUCUUGCUAAGCAGGAUGAAAUGUUGCAGAGUUUUAAUGACGCCAUGACGGAUGACUUGCAGGCAAUCACUCUGCUUCAGAGAUUUGUAGAUCCAAACCAGACAACAUUGACAUUGGCAAACCUUAUACAAAAUGGGUUCCGGCAGGUCAAUGAGCCAUUCGUCAGCUCUAUGCUUUUCCUUUGGAAGGCUUGGCAUUUCAAGUCUCUAAAGGAAAAAGCAAAGAUCGUGGUCGAGAAAGGCGCCAGUCUCUUUGGUGUCUUGGAUGAAAGCGGCGUUUUGCAAGGCUGGUUUGAUACAAAGGUCAAGAGAGCAGAGAGAAUCGGUGCGAUGCACGCCGACAAACUAGCAGCGCUUCCCGAGGUAUUUGUCCAAAUAUCACCUCGGGAGAAGAACGGAGAGCCCAAAAUUAUCGAAGGGGUGUGCAUCCUUGCCCGCAAUCCAUCUCUUCACCCAGGGGAUAUCCGGGUGGUGCGCGCAGUGUAUGCGCCAAAACUGCGACAUCUCAUCGAUGUGAUUGUUUUCCCCCAGACUGGAGAUAGAGACCUUGCGAGCAUGUGUUCAGGGGGAGAUUUAGACGGAGACGACUACCUCAUCAUGUGGGAUCCGGACCUAAUUCCGGGGAGAUGGUUUAUGAAACCAAUGGUGGAUAACAACGAGAUAGCCCCUGAAUUAGACCGCGAUGUUACCGUUGAUGACAUGACGACGUUUUUCGUUACCUUCAUGAAGGAAAAUUGCCUCCCUAGAAUCGCGAAUGCCCACAUGGCCUGGGCGGACAGACUGGAAGGUGGCGUCUACGAGCAGAAGUGUAUUAAACUGGCAGGCAUGCACUCCGUAGCUGUCGAUUAUAAUAAAACCGGUCGACCUGCCAAGAUGACUUGGAAUCUUGAACCAUGGCGGUGGCCACAUUUCAUGGAAAGGGAUCCGCGGAAGAGUUACCAAUCCAAGAAGAUUCUAGGUCGACUCUACGAUGCAGUAGAGACCGUCCACUUCGUACCCAAUCUAUCCGUCCCAUUUGACUCUCGGAUUCUGGAAUCUGAUCUCGUCCCAGAGAGCGAGAAAUUCAUGGGAUUUGCGAUACGGUUGAAAGAUGAGUAUGACGCAGCGAUGCUGCAAAUCAUGGCACAGUUCGAGAUCAAGACCGAGUUCGAGGUCUGGUCUAAAUUUGUCCUGAAUCACAGUCGCAUCGUUCACGACUACAAGCUGCAUGAAGACCUGGGCCAUAUCACCGAGACUCUUCGGCAGGGUUUCCGUCAGCAGUGCUUCGACCACGUUGAUGGGCGCAGUCUCGAAGAUGUUGCUCCGCUGGUAAUUGCCAUGUAUCGUGUGACUCAUGAACUGGCAACUGAGGCACUGGCAAGAAGUCACAAGUCGGCCCUCUCUGACGACAAUGACCUCUCCCCUGAUGGACUUGCACCCGAUCCGAACACAAACGAGAAGCCAGACUUACCUCUCAUUAGCUUCCCAUGGAUCUUCCAUGAGUAUCUGGGCAAGAUUGCAUCAGGCCAGCUCAAGAAGGACAGACUCGAGACAUACCAGAAUGGAAAGAUCUCUGGCAAAAUCUACACCAACGCGGAAGUCGAAGAUAUGCUCCUUGACCCGGAGCAGGGAGGCAGUAAUAUUUCCAGUGCUCCCUUGGACAAGGUGAUCAAUGGUGGCGAGCAUGUUCUAGGUGAAGAUGAGGUCAAAGUGAAAGAAUCGCCCAUCGAAAUGCCCAGCAAGUGUUCACUCUCCCCCAAUAAAUCUUCCUCUGGCAGUCUCAUUGAUUCCAGUGAUCCUAUCGAGUCUUCACCCUCCAGCGCUAGUCUCUCAUCCUACAAUCUCAUCGAUGCCGUUGAUGGAGAAGUCUCUCUAAUGACUUUUGGCGAGGGUGAGAAGGACAACAGAUCAGAUGAAGUCAAGGCGGUUUCUCUGAGUAUUGAUAACGACAAGGACCAUAAUGGAACAGAUGAGCCCAAGACAUUUGCCCAGGAGGUCAACGAGGACGUAGAGGCUGACGAGGUCGAAAUCAAGGUUCAAGAAAUCGUGGAAGCGGACACCCCACAGUCCAUUUUGAAGCACCUUCUGGGUCUGGUUGGCAUUUGA